UGUUUUAAUUCUGUACGUUGACGUUGACAUCUACUCGAUGAAAAAAAAAAUUGCUAGCUGGACAACUAAUUUGUCGGUGAUGCUGUAUAUAAAACAUACAUAGAUUAUUUCGUUGUUUUCGACUUGGCAAAGAAGACAAGUUGUAGAGAGCGUCACUUAUAAUGUUGUAUGUAUGUAUGUAUUAUUAUGCGUGAAGAUGAUGACCUCUGUAAUAUCUGACCAGUUUCGAAUGUUAUUGCAUCGUACAUUUAAAUCAACUACAAAAUUAUUAAGUGUAAGAAAAUUAAAAGUUACCUAUGUCACACCAAAAGGCCCAGGCUUCCUCCAGCAAGGUAAAGAGGAAUAUGUAGGCCUGAGACUAAAGUUAUGGCACAAUAGAAGAUGCUUUUCCACCAGCCACUCAUUAUGGGGCGUGUUUGGAGGGAAAGAUGGUGACCAGAAGCAGCAGACGUUGGAGGAUGUCGCCAGGCUGAUAAAACACAAUGAAUACAGGAGGAUUGUAGUGAUGGCUGGGGCUGGAAUAAGCACACCCAGUGGAAUCCCUGAUUUCAGGUCACCUGGAAGUGGUUUAUAUGAUAACCUCCAGCAGUAUGAUAUCCCCUAUCCUGAAGCCAUAUUUGAGAUCAACUAUUUCCACCAUAACCCAAAGCCAUUUUUCGCCCUGGCUAAAGAGCUUUACCCUGGCAAUUACAAACCCAAUUAUGCCCACUACUUCAUUCGACUCCUGCACGACAAGGGGCUGCUGCACCGCAUCUACACCCAGAACAUUGACGGACUGGAGAGAUUGGCAGGUAUUCCUUCCACUAAACUUGUGGAGGCCCAUGGAAUGUUUGCUACAGCGACCUGCACCGUGUGCCAAACAUCAUACCCUGGAGAAGACUUAAGAGCUGAUAUACUUGAGAGUAAAGUCCCCAAGUGCCCCACCUGUAAAGGUGUCAUCAAACCAGAUGUUGUGUUCUUUGGAGAGGAGCUCCCACAGUGCUUCUUCCUGUAUCUAACAGACUUCCCUCUGGCUGACCUGCUUGUCGUCAUGGGAACGUCCCUGGAGGUUGAACCCUUUGCCAGCUUGGCAGGCGCUGUGCGGAACUCCGUGCCCCGGGUUCUCAUCAAUCGAGACCUGGUGGGACCCUUUGUCUAUCGAGCCCCCAGACACAAUGAUGUGUUGGAGCUAGGGGACGUGGUGAGCGGAGUGGAGAGGUUUGCUGAUAAACUGGGCUGGAAAGAGGAACUGAACAAACUCAUUGCAGUGGAAACUGGAAAGGCUGUUCAGUGGCUUUGAAUCAUCACUUAGAAGCUGCUUUUUCUUUUACAGCUGAAGAGUAUUAAGAAGGAAGAAUGAAGACUAACACCUUUUCUGCAUAGCGAAUAUUUGGUAUAUGGGAAAUGUGUUGGAUUUUUAUGUCAUAAGAAAAUACCCCAAAACUCACCUGGAUUAAUACUAAAGUAAACCAGGAGGUACCAACUAAAUACAUGUAUCAAAAACCUGUGUGGCAACUGUUUGGAGCCACAGUUUCAUAAGCUGUAAGAUUAUAUUUUUUAUUUAAGAAUUAAAAAUACAUUAAUUGAAUAAACCUAUAAACUAAAUAAAUACAUAAAUAAAUAAAUACUUUGAUUGAAUUAUUAUUAUUAAAGCAAGAUAGUUUCAUGAUUAACAAUGGCCCUUUCCAAUUUCAGUAGCCUAGUCUUACCUGUGGUAUUGUUAUUGAAAUGUGUUUAGAUGUGUUUAGGCUAACUGAUCAGAGUUGUCUGUAAAGCCUGAUUUUAAGCAUGAUGUUUUUGUAAGUUUAGUUAGAUGAAAAGUUUGGGCUCAAAUGUGUUGCCCUACAACCUGCCUAUACACAUUGUGAUGAAUGUUUGAAAGUUAUGCACAAUUUUAAAAUGCAGAAAUCAAUGAACUGUCAAACUGUCACACUAUGGGAACUAAAAACAAUAGGGCAUCAUUUUUAAGUUGAAAAUCCAGGGUGUUUCAGAAUCCAAGAAUUACGAUGGUUUCCAAGCCUUUUGUAAAUAAAUGUUACUUCAUGGAGUUGCAUGAAUCUUUUAAAAGUAGACCAGGCUAUUAUAUCUUCUUGCUCUUACUCCUUAAAAUAGAGGAGGCUUGUUAUUUAAAUAAGAUUCAACCGAUGAUAUCAUUAUUGUCUUUCCCAGUGCAGUUGGGCAAUGUCCCUCUUUCCUGACUUGUAUCUAUCAUUGAUUCGUUCUGAAUACUUUAAACCCACCCCAACUACUACAUUUCUAUUGGAGACUUCACUUGCAAGAUUUAAAAUGAAAUUACGAUUAGGAGUGGAGACUUGUUCGCGGGAUUUAAAGCUACAUUACAGUUAUAUAGGGAGGAUUUAAAACGAAAUUGCAAAUUGUGACAAAAUGUAAAUGAAAUGCCAAAAGAAUGUUCCAGUGGCCAUAAGGAUUUAGUUGAAGAAGACAGCAAAGGAAAAAGGUACAACUUAAGUGUGCAUGCACUGCUGAGUUACUAUACAUAUUGUGGCAGAAAAAAAAAAUGCCCAAGCAUUUUGGAAAGUAACCAAAUACAAUAAUUUCAUACAGUAUACAAAAAGCAAAUGCCCCAGGAAAAAAAAAAAGAAAUUCAGGGUAUCUUGAAAAUAGCUAAAAAUAAGAACAGAAAAAUUAUAAUAAAAACCAAAAAACAGAGGCCCUAUAUAUAGAUAAUGUACUAGUGUGUCUUUAAUUUUUCCUGGAAAACUGAAGGCUGUAAAUCCAGUGCCUUGUGCAAAUGUUUUAUUACCAUAUGAAUACACUUGCAGAGUCUUUUUAAUUUAGUUCUAUUAACCUAGUGACCCUUAUCUCAUGCAUCUCCAAUUUAACGCUGCAUGAAAGUGGGCCCAUAAUAUAAAACUGAUUAUGUGAAACUAAAGAGCAUUUAAAAAAAAAAUGCAGUCUGUACAGUAACAUGAAACAGCAGGAAAACAAGUUC